AUGGAACGGAGGGAAGGGCCUAACCUGGUUGCCGCAAGUGUUUGGGACCUGACCUUCAAAGUCGACUGUGCUGUGACUGCCGGACUAACAUCGCGGAAUUGCACGCUUUCCAAGUGGCCUCUCUUAGUUGGCUGGACUUCCCUUCUGCGUUCCGGCGCCUGGAUUCUUCGCGCGGAUCCUGCGCCACCUGGUCUUGUCGAGUACUACGAUUGCGGCCUUUGA